AUGUCGCACUUCCAAUCUCUCGCGGCCCCUUGGUCGAGAAGCGCGCGCCGUGAGGAUCUCCUGAGAACGCCCGAGCCUACUCUAAAUGGCGAGACUCAACCACCAUCCCCGCCGCGUCCCCGAUUCCGAGUCAAGAGAAGGAAUGCGUCAAAUCUCAAUGCGCCCACAGAACAGUUUCUCGCGUCGGUUGCCGCUGCAGAUAUCCCCAUUCCUAGUAUCGAGGAGCCUCGUGUACUUGACGAGGAGAUGACAGAGACACUAUACCCGAUGUCACAUUUCAGCAACGUGGACGAUAUACCCUUCACGCCCCACGGUGGUUCAGAGCGCAUGUUUUCGCCUCCAAAAACUCCUGCUCCAGACCUAUUACCAACUUUGACCCCCAAACAAUAUCCAAACUGGUCUAUCGAUUCUACUCUUAGUAGCCUCGAAUCUAGUCCCGAUUAUGAGUCCAGCCGGCCUUCGACAGCUCAUUCGACACACACAAGUGCUUCCCUGCUGAGCUACUUUUCCAUCAGCUCUGAGGAUUUGAGUCAAUGCAUCAGCCCAGAUAAUGAACACGCAGACCUUGCGAAUGAGCUAUCAAAUGCCGACGACAAUAGUAAAACUCUCAAGCCUGCCAAAACGGAGGUUCCUCGAGAUACCAUUCGAAGAGCACCCUGGACAAAACCAAUGAACCAGCACCUAUGGUCUACCUAUAUGAUGUACUUGCAAGACCCCAAGGUCACACCCUUCCGUAUCGGGAAGAGCGGCAUCCCUCCCCAUGGAGUCUGCUUGCGUGUGGCCCGAGAGGCGAGGAGGAGUUGGAAGGGAUCAAAGGCUCAGACAAAUAUUGAUCUUAGUAGUGGGAGCAUCACACCCACUCAAGGAGCCGCUGGCCCAUAUGUUCAGUGGCCUCAUACUUGCGCCGCCACUCGCGCCCAAUUGCGGGAGCUUUGCAAGAUGAACGCCAGGUCUAAGGCGCGGGGUUCACAAUAUGUAGCUCCCAGCCCUUCUCCAUAUAACAAAUCCGCAGUUCGUUACUGGAAUCGUCGAACGGUCCUCGGUCGCUCCCCCUCGGUCUUCUCAGGUCAAGAUAUGGCAAUGUCAUUGGCGGUUAGCACUUCCGAUUCCAUGCAACUGCAAGGCCCUCUGGCUCAAUUAACAAACUCGCAACCUGAGCCUCAAAUCGACGAACAUUCGCUUCCUCCACCGAGUCGCGAGACCUUGGAGCCAGUUGAAAUAAAGUACACACAACUUGCAUCUCCCUUUGGAGCGCGAAGCUACGGCCCCAGCUCGUCAAGCUCGCUACCCUCAAACUUCGUUGUGGAUUCCAAAUUGCAGAGACAAACUCACACAGGCGGCCCGCGCCGGGCUCUCAUGUCUCCGGUCCGACUUACACGUAGUCGAUCAACCCACAAGCGCCGGCCCAACCAUCUGGAGGCUCGGAAGAUUAAGCGACCCAGUCUCGGCUCCGAUCUUUGGGUUGAUCCAGCCUCAAUCGUUGACCUAUCAGCCACCAAUGACCAGUUCGCAACGCCUCAGACCGAACCUGAGAUGGACUCUGACGUCGUUGUCCCACGCAAGAAUCUCCAACAGCUUUUCGAAGCUUCGCAGCCACUAGCUACUCAGCAGCAAACGCUGGCUCCUCCAGUUGGAGACGUGCCCCCUCGAUUAGGCUCACCUUUCGCUCUUGGAGGAUCUAGUUUUUCCUUCCCGAAUCGCCUGUCACAUGGAGCUGCCAACGAUUCUGACGCUCUUCGCCGGCCGUUUGCAACCGUCCAACAAUCCAGCGAAAGCAACCACGGAGUUACCCGAUCAUCGCUAGCAAGCCGACUGGCUUAUAUCGACGAAAGACUUAAGGAUUUCCGUCGUCGAGACCAACCACGUCGACGUUCUGAGUCACCACUUUAA